GACUCAUCAAACGUGCCUAUGAGAUUUAUCGUAGUAGAGAUCCGGCUCAUGAUACAGAUGGUUAUGAAUCUAAAGACUUUAGGGAUGCAUUCACUCAUGAUCUUAACAGACCCAUUAGGUUUCUUGGACUUUGGGAUACCGUAGGCGCUCACGGCAUACCCACGUACACUAUUGGAAAAGGAUUUGAAUAUUUGAAAUUCUAUGAUCAAAAUGUAUCUAAUGUAGUUCAUAAUGCAUGUCAAGUUUUAAGUAUCCAUGAAAGGUUAAUUCUUCUUGAACCUUGUCGGAUCUAUAAGAAUAGUGAUGCUUCUUUAGUGAAGAUCGAAGAGACUUGGUUCCCAGGAAAACAUUUGGAGGUAGGAGGAGGAAUACUUUCAAACAAUGAAAAAAUAUCUAGUCAAAGUCUAUUGUGGAUGAUAGGAAAAGUUCAACGCGCCGGUGAUUUAUUAGAAAUAAAGGAGGAAUAUAAUGAUGAUGACAUACAAUUCGAUAAUAAAUUUACAAGGAUGCUACUUUCUUUUUGGAGAUUGAUUUUUUUGAAAUGGUUCAAUUAUAUCAUAGUCUUUCUUUUUACUAAAACCAUCCUGUUUAGGGAUAGAGUAAUUCCAUUAUACACAGAUGAAACAAAUAGAAAUAUAUUAAAACGUGAUCUGAUUUAUAAAAAUGGUCACUGGGGAGAUAGUUUUGGUGAUCUAAAAAGUCAAUAUUCCUCAAGGGCAUAUUUAGAAUUGAACGAAACGAUGAGAGAUGCAGGAAUAGAUUUUCCUCCAGAAUAA